CCGUUUCGCACUGCAAGCAGCCUUCGCAUCCAUCGCAACGCUAGUCCUUGAGGCCUUUAUCCUCUGAAUUAACAUCUUAUUCUGCUCUUCCAAGCUUCUUCUAUCUUCAUUGACGUUUAUCGCGUCAAUUUAGCGUCAAAAUGGCCACAGAACUCUGCCCCGUCUAUGCGCCCUUCUUCGGUGCGCUGGGUUGCUCCUCCGCUAUCAUCUUCACCUGCUUCGGAGCCGCCUAUGGUACCGCCAAGGCUGGUGUCGGUGUUUGUGGAAUGGCUGUCCUCAGACCUGACCUGAUUGUCAAGAACAUUGUCCCCAUUGUCAUGGCUGGUAUCAUUGGUAUCUACGGGUUGGUCGUUUCGGUCUUGAUUGCAAACGAUUUGGGUCAGAGGAUUUCGUUGUACACUGGAUUCAUUCAGCUCGGAGCUGGUCUCUCUGUCGGUCUGGCUGGUAUGGCAGCUGGUUUUGCCAUUGGUAUUGUCGGUGAUGCAGGUGUCCGCGGAACAGCUCAGCAGCCCAGACUCUAUGUCGGAAUGAUUUUGAUUCUCAUUUUCGCUGAAGUCUUGGGUCUGUACGGUCUGAUUGUCGCCCUUCUGAUGAACUCCCGCUCGAGAAUCGAUGCCACCUGCUAAAUGGACCCUCGGUCUCCUCCCCGGUGAACGAACAGCGUCAAGCAAAACUCUGGACAUCAAGGAUGGAUGCCCAGAGACUUACUAGUUCCCCGGUUAUACGACAUCGUUUCCACCAGUGUAGUCCUUUGCUAUCCCCCGCAUUCGUCUGGAAAUGAUGGGUUCCUGAGCAACUAGGACUGAAAGGAGUUUGGAUAAAGGUGCUUUCUCGUUUUGCUUGCCCACUAUUUUAAACCCUUCCUAUAAAAUGGACAAGGUUUUCUCUUGUAAUCUGAAUGUGCGUUGCUUGGGACGGAGAGUGACUCGCUGUAGAUUAGGACAUGUUGUGGUUUGUCUUCUGUCUUUGUCUUUUGACUUGUUUGCUGCUGCUAGAUACAUCAUUGCAUGCCCUGUUUCAACGUCGAAAUGUACUUUACGGGUUAUUGUCUAUUUCUGUUUUUGCUUUUGCCGUUGCUUUUUAGUCACUGAAUUGAUAGCCUGU